UCUCAAAAGGGUCAGAAUCAGACGGUCAUCUAAAGAAUAACAUGCAUUGUCAAAACAUGAAACUUCAACUGAUGUUGAAAUUGCUAACAGUGAGGGGGAAUCCGCUCCCUUUGGUGAGGUUAAAGCACCCAGUGUUGUGCAUCUUCUAGGUUCACCUGGGAGACCUGAGGAUGUUGAUGUUGAAGCACAGACCUCCCAGGAAUUGAAGGAAGCAGAGGUUUUGAACCAUGUUGCUCAUGAAGCUGUACAGCCAGAUGAAUUACAUCUUCGACCAUGCACAUCCCAUAUGGGCCAAACCAAUGUGUUGUUCAUUGGAGGUGAUUGUCAGACAACAGAGCAAUCUUUGUGUGAACAAAUUCACCAAGAUCUGGAGAAAUCCGAUGAGCAACAUGGGAGUCAGAUCUUUGUUGAUAAUCCAGUAAGAAGUGACAGCAAAUCUGUUGCUUCUGACAUGCCAGCGCCUGAAAAAAUGCUCUCGCUAGCAUAUCAACAGAGUGUUGGACCUAAUGAUUUGAUGAUGGAAUCUACGCCUGACAGUUGGGAUACACCUAGAGGCAUCAAGAGUGAUGAAGGAGUGAAAUGUGUCUCAGGUAAAAAGCGAAGUUUCACUGAAAGUACUCUGACGAUGCAGAGUGUGGAUUUGGCUGAAUCAUAUGGAGGGACCCAAUCCAAGAGAAGUGCAGAUCUCCUUCCUGAUGAUGACGAUUUAUUGUCUUCCAUAUUAGUUGGAAGACGAUCUUCAUUUUUGAAAGUGAAACCCACUCCAGCAGCCUCUGAAGUGGUAUCAAUAAAACGUCCCCGUUUGGUAUCACGCACUAGUGCCAUAAAGAGGAAGGUGCUUACAGAUGAUACAAUGGUCUUGCAUGGCGAUAUAAUACGGCAACAACUAACAAAUACUGAAGACAUACGUCGCACACGGAAGAAAGCUCCUUGCACUCACCAAGAAAUAUUAAUGAUUCAAAGACAAUUUCUGGAGGAUGAAAUUUUUCAAGAUCCAAUAUUUACAGGUGUGUCAGCUGAUUUGAUACUUCUGCGAAAUGAGAAAUUGGAUCUAACUGGGAUUAGGGUUUGUGAUUACAUUUUAGACAGUUCUCUCUCAGAAGCAACAAAUGAUAAUGAAUCCCAUUCAAGAACAAAUGUUACUGAUAUUCAUGGAGUGGAAAGAAACAUUGAACCUGUCAUGGUCCAAGAUGCGGAGGAACAACCUUUUGGGGCACCUAUUGUGCCUGAGAGCAAUCAGCCUGAAUUUAAUGCAGAAUCUCUUGAUAUUAAUAUUCACAGGAAUACAGAUGUUAUUUCCCAUGUGAAGGAGGUUCAAAUUUCUCAAACCACCAAAAUGAAUGGUUGUAGAGAAAAUAUUGAGGUUUUUGACUCUCAAAAUUGCUCCAUUACCCCUGGCUUGGAAUCAUCAUUUCAUGCUGAUUCUGUCUUUGACAACAACCACUGUAUGCCUGAUGAUUUUGCUGCUCCAUUGACUGUAAUGCAUAAAAGCAAUGACUUGGAUGGUUAUGGUUCUAUGCAUACAGAUAUACUGGGCAUAUCAUCUUCCCAGAAUUUGCAUGCCCUCCCUAUUCUAGAGAAUGAACUUGCAGAGAGUAAAAUCAACAGAAGUGGAGUAGGCAUCUCUGAAAUUUCAGAAGACAGAGUUGAUAUUAGAACAGAAGUUCAAAUGGAUGGUUCUGAGACUCAUAACAGUUUAUACACAUCAUUGGCUACUGGAUGUGAGAGAAUAGAUGAGUACGCUAAUAACCAGGCUACCUCAAAUAGGGACCUACAUCUUGAGAAAGUGGAAACAACUUGCUUGGGGGCAUAAAUGAGGAUCAAAUGCUUGCCUCUGGUUCUGGGUAUGAUGAUAAAGUCUCAAGGUUUGGAUGCAGUUAUAGUGAAAAUACUAGAGUAGAUUAUUUACAUGGUGUAGCUGUUGUUUUGGAUGCCAAAGAGAUUUCUCUAAUUGAUGAAGAAAAUUCAGUUUCUCAUGAAGCUGACCAGAGGAGUAGAAUGCACCAUGAAAUUUCAGCUAUUGAGAGUUCUUUGGUGGACCAAAAUGAUGAAAAUAUUGUAUUUGCAGAGGAUACAGGGUUUCUGAAUGUUGAUGAUGAUAUGGUUCAAGGUGAUGAUGAUUAUAUACCAUGUGAUGAAGGAGCUCUUCUAGAAAAUAGCGGAUGGUCUUCUCGGACCAGAGCUGUUGCCAAGUAUCUGCAGGCUUUAUUUGAUAAGGAAGAUGUGCAUGGAAGGAAGAACCUGCCACUUGAUAAUCUAAUAGCUGGUAAAACCCGGAAAGAAGCCUCAAGGAUGUUUUUUUAAAA